AUGACAGCGGGAACUGUUGUUAUCACCGGGGGAAUCCUAGCGACGGUGAUCCUACUGUGCAUCAUUGCCGUGCUCUGCUACUGUAGGCUACAGUACUAUUGCUGCAAGAAAGAUGACUCCAAUGAGGAAGAGGAGGAGGAGGAGGAGGAGGAAGAGGAAGAGCCCGACCUUCCCAUGCACUCACACCUCGGCACGUGCAACGCCUGCAACUCCCGCAUGGUGGACGGCCAGGGCAGCCCCGCGCCCCCCCCCAGCGAGCUCAACCAGCACGGGGCUCACAACUACUGCCCGACCUGCUCCCCGUACGGCUCCCCCUUUUACAUCCGGACUGCCGACAUGGUGCGCAACGGGGGCGAGAGGGUCACCUACACCCCCGCGUGCUACAAGGAGAUGGGGCCGCCCAUCAACAUGGCCACCCUGCAAAGCUACCCGGUGAGCCGCCACGGCCUCCUCCGCGAGAGCUUCCCGAACCCGCGGGCUAUCAGCACGGAGGUGUAG